AUGUCGACCCGCACGCGCCGGGUCUCAGAGCGCGAUGACGCGAGCCCGUCUGCCUCUGCAAGCACGCGCCCCAACCGCCGCCAACGUGUGGGUUCCGUAGCUGGUCCCUCCACGCCUCCAACACCGACACCUUCAUCCAGUGCAACACUGAGGCCCCAGCCACGCCCCCUAACUCAGCCACGCCCACUCUCAGCACCGUUUCCCACCCUACUCCCACUCUCUCAACCGGCGUCAUCGUCUGCCGCCCCCAUUGUCGGCCUUGCCACGGUCUCAGCAUCGACCCCCGGUUUUCGCGAUGGGCAUUUCUACAAGAUGGAUGGGAACUGUAUAGUCAGAGUUGGCGACACGCUUUUCAAGAUCCACAAACACCUGCUGGCGCCGGAGAGCGAUGAGCACGCGCUGUUUGGCGCGCUGUUGGCGCUGGCGCUCGAGGACUCGGAGGGGGACAGUGACGAGCGGCCAAUAAUCCUUGAGGGGGAUACGCCGGACGACCUGCGGGCGUAUUUGCGAUUCCUUUACUCCAACCCAUUGCAACUGCGCGACGAGAAUAUCACCGUUGCAGACCUCCCGCAGCUCGCCGUCGCCGGACGCUUCGCCAACAAGUACAGGAUUGAGUCGUUCGAGGAGUGGGUCAAGCUGGUAGUCACCGGGAAGCUCUCCCAGCCUGACGCCCUGCGUGGCUGCUCCGACGAGGCGUUUCUCGAGCUUUUGCGUUUCAGCCAAACUUGCGCGGCCCCCAUCCUCACCGAAUCCGUGUUCUCUGCCUGGGCCCGUCACAAGCUUGGCGCUGGGGCGGAUGUGGCUGGUGUGGUGGCCCGAAUGUUAACCCUUAACGGCUGCACGGGCGAUGUCAAAACGAUGGUCGGCGUUAUGCAUUACGCGCAACUGCUGUCGCUCAACCAGGCCCGUCCCCUUCCCGAGCCCCGUGUCUCCGACCUCUACACCCCUAUCCAUAUCUCAUCGACAUCGCUCGGCGAUACUCAGCACCUGCGUCUCCUGCAGGCCCACCGCUCGCUGUCGCUUUCGUGGGCCCGCAUCACCGACCACCUCCUCUUCCACAUCCAGCUCUGUUCGAAUCAAUGUCCCACCUCUGCCGUAUGCCACAACGCCUGGCGGACCGCCGUUCGUGUGGCGCUGCUCGCCGCGCCGGACCAGCCGGACUAUGACCAGAUGCUGCGCACCCUCCAGGAGAUGCCGUUGCAGGCAUGUGUGGACACGAAGAACCGCACCGCGGGGGUCUUGAGGGAGGUCGGAAGGGAAUGGACCAGGCGUGCCAGUGUCCGCUAUCAUACGUGUCGACUUAGCUGA